AUCCAGUUGACACCCCAGCAGCUGCAGAGUUUACAAUUACAGCUACAGAGCAAGAUGGCAGGUCAGCAACUGGUGGUCCAGUCACACCAGCAAGACCCUACUAUCCAGUUUUCUCAAGCUCAGAUGUACCAACUUCAGCAGCCAGGCCAGCAACAGAUUUUUAUACAAGCGACUGAUGACCCAACAGAAGUGACAACUGAUUCAUAA